AUGUCACUGGGUCGCAGGGACUGCUGCGCCAAUGUCGGCGGUAAGAUCAAGGGGGCUCUGCAUGAAAUGGGCAUCGAGUGCAUAACUUUCGCUAUGUACACCAUGUUCACAUGUACCAGCGAAGCAACAUGCACACUCACACAAACACAAACGUGCCCGGGCUAUGUGCCCGCCUGUAUAGGCAAUGGGGCAGGGACUGGGAAUUUACAACCAGCUCUGACUUAG